CACAAACUGAUCAAAAACUAGAUAUCUGUUCGAAACCAUCUCACUAGUGUAGAGAGAAAGUGACAGAUGCUGAGUAGUUUUUGCUUUGAGCUUUUUUUUGUGUAGGAGAGUAAGAUAUCAGAAUAAUGCAAAACAUUAUGCAGCACUUAAUAUGCUUGACCUUUUUGUAAAAAUCAUUUAAAUAGAUGCACUUUUAUGUGCACACUAUAGACUGGCAUCAUGGAUAAAGCUGUGUGUUGCUUGUUUCCCUCUUAUGAUGGAGCUCUGCAGUAGGAUGCAGGUUUGUUUGUCCAUCUAUUUCGUCCAGCAGAUGACUCCUCUGGUCUGCUUGUUCAUUCUGUUUGGCUCUGCAGUCGCAUCUCCUUUUGGUUUGGAAGAUGUUUUCUUUAGUCCCCAGGACCAGACAGUCAAAGAAGGAGAGGCGGUUUUCUUGCAGUGUGUAUCUGGAGAAAGUUCCCCUCCAGCAAACAUCACAUGGCUUAAAGAUGGACAGAUUGUUACAAGAGGAAGACUAUAUCAGGGGGAAUAUGGAGGAGGUAAACAGAAGAAAAUGUCAGGAACUUUGCACCUUAUUAACGUAACACUGGAGGAUGAUGGGAUAUAUAUUUGUGUCACACACAACUCUUUCCUGAACAUCAGCAAGAGGAGUAAACCAGCAAAACUAACUGUGGAAGGGGUUCCUCAGAGCCUGAAGAUCAUCCAGGGCCCUGACAACAUCACGGUUACUACGGGAACUGAGGUGUCCAUGCAAUGCACAGUCCGCGGCUUCCCUGUUCCCAUGGUGCACUGGUUCAAAGACGGCUGUCUCCUGCAGAGCUGCUUGGCCUCAUUCAGCCUCAUGAACAAUGGACAGCUGCUCAUACUGAGAAAUGUGACAGAGAAGGAUGAGGGCUCAUAUCACUGUGUGGCAUCAAACCAGGAGGAGACUGUUCAAUCUCAGUCAGCUUUCCUGCUUCUAUUCGACAUGCAUUGGAGUUUUGUGCAGCAACCCACUAGCUUGACAGUAAGAUCAGGAGAAAAUGUCACGCUCACCUGCAGACCACCACACAGCCAACCAGAAGCUGACGUGUCCUGGUUCAAAAACAACCAGCUUCUCAUUCCAACAAAGAACAUGACAGUGCAGCCCAGUGGUGAUCUCUUCUUUAACAGCAUCCAGGAGCAGGAUGGCGGCAGCUACUUCUGCAGGGCUUCGAACCGACACCUCCAAAUAUUCCUCACCUCUAAAAAAGCAACUCUAACUGUUCUAGCCCCACCUUUAGUGAAACUGUGGCCCACAGUGUUGACCGUUCCUGUGGGAGCCCCGGCAAUGCUGGUGUGUGAGGUGUCCGGUCAUCCUUUGCCCUCCAUCAGCUGGAUGAAAAGAGGCCACUCCAAACAAACUGGAGGCAAGAUAGCACUGGGACAGAGAAAUGCUACUCUCUACAUCCAAUCAGCCAGAGUCUAUGAUGAGGCGGUCUACGUAUGCGAGGCGUCCAACAUACUGGGAAAAAGCCAAAGCACAGCCAUGCUGAGAGUUGCCGUGAGUCCCAUUAUUGUGACCCAUAUAAGCAGAAUGAGCAGCAACAUUGGGGAAUCAGUGAUCCUUCCCUGCAGAGCAGUGGGGAUACUACCCAUCACUUACAGCUGGACCAGAACAGAAUCCCAGUCUCCUGUAGGCCACUCUGAAACCAUUCAUGUUGAUGAAGACGGAGCACUGCAUAUUUCCAGAAUCCAGUACUUGGAUGCAGGAAAGUAUACCUGUACUGCAGAGAACAGAGCUGGACGGCAUCAGAGAUACACAACCCUCAUCGUCACAGAUUAUCCAGCUGACAGACGGAAGCAGACUGGGUUGGUUCUGUCUGCUAGCACCAACCUUAGCAGAGAUCAUCUGGUUUCCCAUCUGAGGAGAUCUUCAGCUGAGCAGAACCUCAAAGUUCAUCAUGUGAAUGUUUCAGCACAGCACAACAUGGCAACAUGUUCAAGGUGCAACAGCACUACCGCACCUUCAGCUUUUUCCAGAUUAUCCAUAAUGGAGCUGAAACCAGCAUCAAGGCCUGGUUCAGAGGAAAUGAUCCAUCCCACCCAACUCUUGGUCCCACAGAUGCAGCCCCCCAUUUUACCGCCUCCUCCACAUCCCAACUUCUUGUCAGGAAACCUCAACCCCCAACUUCUACAGACCACAGAUUCACUUUUUAUCCCAACUAGUCAACCACCUGUAAGCCACAGUUCAACAGCAGCAGCUACCAGAAAAGGUUUUGGUCCGAUGCUUCAUUAUCAGCCCACCCAGAGACGGACUUGGACAUCCUCAUAUCAGACUCCAGUGGAUCAAAUAACCCAUAUGUUCAGUGAGCUGAUUGGUUCAGAUACACCAGUGCCAACACAGAAUUACAUUUCCCAGAAUAAAAUGAGAGUGUCUGAUUCAGUGACAGUUUCUUCAGAAGCUAAAACAGACAUUUUAAAAAUGUUUUCUUUCCACCAAAGACAUAUCCUCUCUAAAACAGAGGCGUCUCAACAAAUUUCCCCAACCAAACAAAUGUAUUUGCAGUAUUCACCAUCUCUCCAACAAACAUCUCAUGUUAAUCCUGAACAACCUGUCACACAAAGGACCUUUCUCCCAAAGUUUCAUCUUGAGAUCCCCCAUAUGGAUCGUCCGACAUCUUUAACCAACGAGUCUCAACCGUUCCAGCUUGAUGAUCAACCCCCAGACAGAACUUCAGUUUUAGAUCCUCAAAACUCCAGUAAUACCAACUGGUCGAAUCUGUUAAAUGCUACACAAAAGGAACACCCACCCAACAUCACAGAGGUAGCAGACUGGAGAAAGAGGAACACCUCCCAGUCCCCAAUGACCAUGAUCAAUGAUCCCUUGGGGACACAACAGUCGCCAUCAUGGCUGCCUGUGCUGGAGAAACAUGACAUUCCCAUUGUAGUUGGUGUGGGCGUAUCCCUGGCUUUUAUCUUCAUAACUGUUACCUUCUAUUCAGUGGUCCGCAAGAACGAACCUGUUCCUCCAGGCCGAGCAGUUCAAAGGAACCUUGGUGUCCCAAAAAAACACGCUGAUCGUCAGGCUGCAGGACAUGAAAACAGAGCUUUUGAGGAUGAUGAGUGUGUCACAGUGAUAGAGCAGAGCCCCAACACGUCAGAUACCCGUGCACGCCCUCCAGGACCAGACCUGGUCACUGUUCAGAUGGAGCCGACUUUUGAGGAGGUUGAAGAGGUCUCCGCGCCUACUGUGGACCACUACUCAGUGACUGUAGAGACUCAUCCAGAGCCUGUCGUUGACACAAAGAUUGACUCUACCCUGGAGGAGGAUAAUAGAAGCAGUUUAUCUCAUCCCAGCAUCCGGCUGCGUUGCACCGAGGACUGGACGAGCGUCGCAGGGGAAAACCAGGGCUCAUGCCAGGAUGCCUUUCCUCCUCCAUCCUCUUUACCCUCCCUAUCCUUGCCGCCUUCCCCAUCUCCAAUUCCCAGACGAGAAGAAGCUCUACAUUCCUCUUUAACACUGCGGAGCACAGAGCCACGUGCCGCCCCCUUCCACCACAGCCUCAGUAUCUCACACGGCAGCCCGCCUUUACAAGUCUCCCACCACAUCUCUUUGGGGCUCACAUCUGUUGCUGUUGAUGUCCAGGUCUAUCCAGCAGCCUCUGCUGUCACUGCAGUCAGUAGCAGCACACACAUCAACCCCGUUUCGAACUCCACUUCAGUGACUGCACCAUUGUUCAGUCCCUCACUAUUCAACAGCCAAGAGAAUGAUGAUCGAUCAACUGUAAAGUUGCAUAAAAGUAAGUAGCUGUAGAGGCCAAACUGCCAAGGACAAUGUACAUCCUGCAGAGGAUGACAUGUGAGCAAAUGUAUUUCGUCAUUAAAAAAAUGUAAAUAAUCAAUAUAAUGUAUUCAUAUUGAAAACAUGUUGACAUUUGAUUUUAUGCUUGUAGGUUAAAAUGUUAAAUAUUGUUCAAAAAUGUUGCGUCACCCCUCAGUUUAGUUUGUGCUUAAUAAGAGUUGAAUAAGAUUUGUUUUGCAUUUCUAAAAGUUUUACAAGUUCUAAGAUUUUGUUUUAAAGUUUGUCUGCUUUUAUCUCCUGUUUUCACCUAAAAAGCAUUUUAUGAAUCUAAAAAAACAAAUUCUGGUACAUUUGAAAUAUAAUUUCUGAAGCACCAACAUGAUCUUUAGAACUAUUAGAUGAAAACUGACACCCAUGAAAAUAACCUAGAGAAGGUUGCCUCUCUGAUCAUGUGUAAAGAUGUUUUAUUCUCUUAAAUGUAUUACUUAGAAACAAUGUUCACAAGCUGUAAAUAGUUUUUGGGCUUGACAAAGCUUCUUUUGUCGUCUUUAUCAAGUCUAGGAGUUUUUAAAGGAUUGUGAGCCGUAUAGUUAUAGUAAUGAAUUUCAAUAUAAUUUAUUACAAACUGGCAUGAUACAAUAUGUUUUCAGAUGUGCGAGAUGUUGCAUGCAAUUGUUUAAAAAACAAUUUGUGGCCCCUGAGAAAUUUCUUCAGCUUCUAUUUUUUAUAGUCAUAUUUUUUAGUUUAAAAUCGCUGUCGUCGCGGGGGAAGCAGAGUCAGCAGAGACUCCUAGACAGCGUUGUCCCCAGACAGCUCCUCCUGCUGGGAGAAGCCUGAGGCGCUCCCAGGCCAACCGAGAGACAUAGUCCAUCCAACAUGUCCUGGGUCGUCCCCUCGGCCUCCUACCGGUGGGACGUACCUGGAAAACCUCCUGAGAGAGGCUUACAGGGGACAUUUGAAAAAGAUGUCUGAGCCAUCUCAGCUGAUUGCUCUCAAUGCAGAGAAGAAGCAACUCUACCCGUGCCUCUCCCGAAUGACCAAGUUCCUCUACCCUAUCUCUAAGAGAGAGCCCAGACAACAUGCAGAGAAUGCUCAUAUCAGCUGCUCGUACCCAGGACCUUGUUCUUUCAGUUAUGAUCCAGAUGUCCUGACCAUAGAUGAGGGUAGGAACGUAGACAGAUCUGUAAAGCUUCACCUUUUCACUCAGCUAUCUCUUCACCAUGACAAAACGUCAUCGAUCUCCCGCUCCAUUCUUCCCUCCCUCCUGAACAGGACCCCACGAUACUUAAAUCAUCCACUUGAGGCUGGAACUCUCCUGCAACCUAAAGGGAACAUGCCACACUUUCCGGUUGAGCCGCUGACCUUGAAAGAGGACAUUGUUGGAGUUUAAGCUCAUUAAACAGAUAUGUUUAUAAUUUUUUUUACAUUAUUAGAGGAGUGAUGGCCUAGUGGUUGAAGCAAAGGGUUGCAAGUUUGAAUCACAGAGCCACAUGUGGUCCCUGAGCAAUCCAUCAGAAUGUUUCUCAAGGAGAUAGGAUAAAUGUCAAACUUUGUUCUAAUGUGUAAAGUUGCAAAAACUAUUGUUAUUAUUAUUAAUAUUAUUAUCAUUAUUAUUAUUAUAUAUUACCUGUAAACGGAUACCCAGAGUGAAUACAAAAUGCUGCUUAGAAUUUAUAUGUUUUUAGGUUUAAAGGUUUACAAACAAACCUGUUAAAAACACCUCCCUCCUUGUUCAGUCGUGGCUUGUAAAAACUUACAGUUUAGUUAAGGACUAGUUCAAUUAAACUUGUGAAAGAAGGUCUUACAGCCAGUACAGCUAGUACAGCCCACUAUCACUAUCAAGCGAUAAUGAUUAAUGAUUUAGACAAAAGAAACUGGGAGAACAUGGAAUCCAUAUGAGAGUUUAAAGGCAAUACACCUCUGCUGAUCAAAGAAAACUUAAAGCAUAACAGCUCACAUUGCCCCAUUGGAAAAAUUAUUUUGUGGAAUAGAAAAAAAAAAAAAUUGAACCUUUUGAGACAGUCCUGUCUAAUCGAACAAACCCAGCAUUUCAAUAAAGAACAUCCUAACGAGCAUCAAACAUGCUGGAGACACGUUGGGCCUUCAUAGCUGUAACCUCAUGUUCAUUCAGGGAGAAAGAUUUUUUUUAAACGUUGAAUAGUGAAUCCAAUGAGCCGAGUUUCAUUAGAUAGAAAACAAAAUCAUUCAAAAAAUACCAAACUUUUUGUUUUUAUUACUUUAUCAAGGAUUUAAUUGGAGAUUAAUCUAAAUCUCUGUCUAUGACUGGAUUUAAUUUCAUCUCUGCAUAUGAGUAGGAUAUUUUUCUAAAGUGUGAUUAGAUGACGUUUUGUGAAAUGGUGCCAUAUUAAAACACUGGAAUUGACUGAAAUGUUCAUAAAAAAAAAUGCAAUGGAUGACUGUUCUUUAGUCAUCAAAGGAACAAU